AUCUGGCGGCCCUUUUACACACAGAACCCCUUUAUUCUAUGUUCUUCAUCAUCAAUAUGGCUCCCCUUAAUUUAUUUCCCCAGCAUUAUCAGCAUUACUCUUAAUGGUCCUCAAUCCCUUUUGCGCUCUCACACGCCUCCUUUCUGUCGCAGACGGUCAAUUCGUCUAUCUCGCUUCGUUAAAAAAGUGAUAUACGGCUGGUUUCUUUCUUUUACUUCUUUCACGAACCAUCUCUUUUAACUUCUCAUUACCAAACUUGGUACCCUUCCCAUUCAUUUAUAUCUCUUUCUCAAAACCGAUACGAACACAUCGACAACCCUUUUUCACUCUUAUACCCCCAUUUCGAUCCUUUAAAAAGAGCAACGAUGAAAUCAAUUCGCCUUCCUUUGAUGAACAAAAAGUUCGACGACCAAUAUACGUUCGAACUACAUGGCUAUCUUACCCUGCAAGACUUUCAGUCUACGAUUACUACGAUCAACAACUCGGUAGCCCACCAACCACCUCCUGGCAACAAAAUUGUUUGGCUCGGCAUCCUAUGGACAGUAUGGAUACUGAUUGCUUUGGCUACCUAUACAGUUUGGAUCAGCCUCGACUUCGUUUAUGUCCUAUUCGCUAUUCCUAUUCUUAUGCUCAUAGCAACAGCUGUAUUUCUUUGGCGACACCGACAUAUCCGCUACAAGUUUGAACAAUCUGUUUUAGAUACUUGCAGUACGAUCAACGCAACAGAAAACAUUCGCGGCAUCAAUUAUCGAUUCAGCAAAAACGGUGCCGAUAUCACAUCAAACAAUUACGAAUCUAAUAACAGCGUCUUGGCAUUUUGCUCGAAACCACUUUAUGCCAUUGUGAUUGAGUUUGACGACCGCUACAACGCAUUUGUAGGACAAAAAUAUUCCGUACGGUACCAUGCUGAGGACUUUGUUAGUAUUCCUCUUUACGCUGGUGUCGACGAACCUGAAAGUGCCCUAUUUUCGGAAAAGAAUCUUCUUCAGAAGGGGACUGCCUCGGACUUACCUUCCGGCAUUUUGUAUAGCAAUGAAAAAGAUCCUAAUGUCAUUCGUUAUACAUAGGAUCAGAGUAACAAAUUAACAAUAGUUAUCCAUCAUAUAUCGUCAUAUACAAUUCUCCCUUUGUUAUAUGAUAAGAUUAGCUUUUAAGAAACGUGACAUCUCCUUGGCGGCUCUUUAUAAUUAUUGGCUUUGCUCUGGAUUUCCCCUCUUCUUGUAAGAGUACAACAAUAUUAAAGUUUUCAUUUUAAAC